GUGACGUCACCGCCGCCCCGCUUCCUUCUUCCGGGAUCGAGAGCGUCUCCAAACAUCCUCCGCCGAGUGAAACAAUGUCUCAUCAGACGGGUAUUCAGGCUGCUGAGGAGGUGAAGGAUGUUUUUGGUAACGCCAGGAACGGAGAGUACAGACUCAUGAAGAUCGUGAUCGAAAACGAGGAGCUGGUUUUAGGCUUCACCAAAGCGGCCGCUCGCAGCUGGGAGGAAGACUAUGAUGCUCUCGUGCUUCCUGCGCUGGAUAAAGAGCUGCCCUGUUAUGUCCUGUACCGCCUGGACUCCACCAACAGCCUGGGACACGAGUGGAUCUUCAUCGCCUGGUCACCUGACCACUCACCUGUGCGCCACAAGAUGCUGUACGCCGCCACCAGAGCCACGCUCAGGAAGGAGUUCGGCCUCGGACACAUUAAAGAUGAGAUGUUCGGCACCGUCAAGGAUGAAGUUUCUCUCAGCGGAUAUAAGAAGCACAUCACGGCUCAAUCAGCUCCUCUGCCACUGACGGCCGCUGAGGAGGAACUACGACAGAUCAAGCUCAGUGAGGUACACACACACACUCUCACACACUCUCUCACACACACACACACACACACA